AUGGACAUGCCAGGAGCCGUUCACCAUGACUACACUGUGCUCAUGAAGGAGAACUACAUCCUGUUCAAGCGCAAUGGUGAAGUGUACUUUGUGGCAGAUAUCUCAGAGCAGGCCAGCAGUGAUGAUGAAAUCGACUUCUUGUGUCGAGCUCCACCACCUCCAUCUCCACCACCAGCUGGGGAUGCCCCGCUUCACCCUCUACCCUCGCCUCCUCCUCCCCAAUCUCCAAUUGGGGUGGCAGCUCGUCGUGCUGCUGCUGGCAUCCAUCGUGUUCCUGCACCACCCAGGAGGGCUCCAGCUCCGGCUGCUGCUCCUCCCAGGCGCACCAUGGCAGAGAUCUUUGAAGAGAUCCCUGAAGACCUCAGCGACGAUGAGCUGCUUCUGAAGUCGUCCUCUGCCCUCAUUGUGGCUCGCGAGGGUGACCCCUCAGAUCCCAAGCUGGCAGCAGCUCACGCUACUGCAGUGCAGUCCGUGUUGUCUGCUGUAGCCUCUGGGAACCCCCGGUCGUUCUUUGAAGCGUCCAAGCGGGAGGAUGGUCCACUAUGGCGCGCUGCAGCUGCAUCUGAGAUUGACUCUCUGCUCAGCAACUGCACAUGGGAUGUGGUCGACUUGCCACAAGGGGUCAAGCCAAUCCGUGUUGAGGAUGGGUUUUGGACUUGA